AUGGGAUCAAAUGGUGGCUCAAAUAUUACUCCAUUAAGAAAGACCUUGCCAUUGAGAGUUCUUAAACCUGAUGUGAACAACAUUAAGAAUCUUGCUCAGAAGUUGAAAAAAGUACAACGUAUAAUCUUUAUGGGGAAAUUCGGCAAGAUUCUUGAUUUACUUGAGGUUAAUGUACAAGUGGAUGCCCUUACAGCGUUGGCCCAAUUAUUUGAUCCUCCUUUUAGGUGUUUCAAGGAAUUUCAGUUGGCCCCAACGUUGGAGGAGUUCGAACUAAUAAUGAGAUAUCCGAUGAAGGGGAGUAAACCUUACCAAUACAUGGAACACUACCCCUCACUGAAAACAAUUGCUGAAAUGUUUGAUAUCCCUAUAAAGGAAAUAGAAGACAAUAGAACCAACAAAGAUAAUUUGAUUGGAUUUCCAAUAAAAUAUCUUGAGGAGAAAGCAAUAAACUUAGCAAGAGAUGGAAAAUGGGACACUUUCAUGGAUGUGCUUGCCUUAAUAAUAUAUGGAAUUGUUUUAUUUCCAACUAUUAAGGAUUUUGUGGAUUUCAUGGCGAUAUACGUCUUUUUGGCUUACAAGCAGAGAGGGGAGAAUCCAGUACCGACAAUUUUGGCUUACAUUUACUGCACGCUCGACUUCCGUCAUGAGAAAGAGGGGGGCCUAAUCCAUUGUUGCUCGCCAAUACUCUAUUUUUGGUUUGUCAAACAUAUUUUUCAAGACAUGCAUCAAUUAAAUACUAAGAGCAAAAAGGAAUGGGCCAACGUUCUAGCAAAUCUCAACGAAAGAACGAUUCAAUGUCCCUAUGUUGCAUUGAGACAAUUGGGUUAUCCUAUGAAAAAACCUCCAAUAAUGGAUGUAACAAAAUCUUUUGUUAUUCAUGGACGAGAUGUUUAUGAUGCUAGCUUGUUGAGAAUACGUAAGUCUUGGAGAGAUGUUGUUAGAAGAGGACAAGAAUUAGGGCCUAGAAGUUGUGGUAUAGGAGAGGAAUAUCAUAAUUGGGUGAAAAAGAGGGCAUUAGAGGUCAAGUUGCCUUUUCACAGCACCAUCAUUACUCCCAAAGUAGUAACAACAUAA